AUGCAGGGCAGAACUGCCCACCUCGCCUCACCUCGACAUCGCGACGGAAGUCGCAAGGCCUGGUCUGGGCCCCAAAUCGCCUCUGGGCCCCAAAUCGCCUCUGGGCCCAGACCAGACCCCCAAUACCCACAGCAGCCCAGCAAGCCCGCUGCCGACCCUCCUGUCGUAGUAGAGUCUAAGAUAAGCCACGACCUACACCCGCCUUUUCCUCCCUCUCCAGCUCUCCUUCGACCCCGCCCUGUCCUCGAAGACGAAGCCACCGCCUCACCCUCUCGCCGCGCCCUCGCCGCGCCAUCUCUCACCCCCCACGGCCUUUCCACGGUCUCCGGCCGGGGGCGUCUGCCGCCCUCCAACAACUAG